ACGAGAGGUUCCUACCUGUCGUCUAAUAUCCUACGCAAGCGUGAACAAUUUACUCCUAACGUUUAAACCGUCCUCCAAUUCCGCACCGCCAUGCCGCUCUAUCAGGAGCUUCCGGACGGCAUUGAUACCGUGGAUGUAAUCAUCGCCGGAGGCGGAACGGCAGGCUCUAUUGUGGCAUCCAGACUUUCCGACUCGGACCCGGACUUGUCCGUGCUGCUGAUCGAGAGAGGUGCUAACAAUGAAGGAGAUCCCCUCAUCAGCUAUCCGGCCCUGUACAUCAAUCAUGUCAUGCCCAACAGCACUAGAGCGCAAUUCGUCAAGGGAAAUAAGUCUAGCCCUCUAGCAGAUCGGGAGCCCAUUCUCCCUGUCGCCAGCGUACUUGGAGGGGGCUCCUCUAUCAACAUGCUCAUGUAUAGUCGAGCUCAGCGGUCUGAUUUGGACGCUUGGAAGACUCCCGGAUGGUCGGCUGAGGAUCUUUUGGGUCCGAUGAGAAAGCUCGAAACGUAUCACGGUCGAGGUCCGAAAGAGCAGCACGGAUUCGACGGCCCGAUCCAUAUUUCCGAGGGGACACACCGGUCUUUCAGGCUUCAGGCCGAUUUUCUAGAUGCCAUUGCUAGAGUUGGUUGGAAGGAAGUCGAAGAUUUGGCAGACCUCAACACCGACAACGGGGCGCAGCGAGCACUGAGCUACAUCUCCCCUGCCGGCAAGAGACAGGACGCAGCCACUUGUUAUCUUCAUCCGCGCCUGCAGGAUGGCGCGCACCCCAACUUGCACGUUCUCGUGGAAUCCAAGGUUGUCAAAGUCCUCUUUGCCGAGAAUAAGGCCUCCGGCGUCGUCUACCAGCCAAAUCAAGGCUCGGCGGCUCGCACAGUCCAGGCUAGGAAGAUGGUAAUCCUUUCUAGCGGGGCCAUCGGAACCCCUCUGAUUCUGGAGCGAUCUGGGGUGGGCGAUCCGGAAGUUCUGAAGCAAGCGGGCGUGGAAGCUGUCGCCGAUGUCCCAGGAGUCGGCGUCGGGUACGAAGACCACAUCAAUUCUACGGUCUCCUACAAGUCCAGCUUAGAAGUGCCGGAAACUCUAGAUGGGCUGGCCAAUGGCAAAUUCGACAUCCCGUCGAUGAUCGCGAGCAACGACAAGAUUCUAGGGUGGAAUUGUUUGGAUGCUACUUGCAAAGUUCGGCCCAACGACGCUGAUGUGGCCGCGCUGGGGCCCGACUUUCAGAAGGCGUGGGAUGCCGAAUUCAGGAGCGAGCCAAAGAAAUCCAUGGUCAUGCUGACUCUUAUUGCCGCCAAUUCCAACGACCCCUUUUCGGUCCCAGUGGGCCAAUAUUUUUCCACCUCAGCCUUCCUCACUCACCCGUUCUCCCGCGGCUAUGUACAUAUCACGGGUCCUAAACUAGAUGAUGAUAUCGAUUUCGACAUCGGCUUCUUCUCGGAUGACGGGGAUAUUGAUCUAAAGACAUGCCGAUGGGCCUACAAGAAGCAGAGAGAAAUUGCACGUCGUAUGGGCGUCUAUCGGGGGGAGGUGGCCCUCUUCCACCCCCUCUUUCCCCCGGAGUCCCAAGCCGCCUGCGUCGACGUUGACGGGCCCUUGCCCAGCGACGUGGCCGAUAUCAAGUAUACGGCCGAAGACGACGCCGUUAUCGACGAAUGGCUGCGCAGAACCGUGGCUACUACUUGGCAUUCCAUGGGAACCUGCAAGAUGCUCCCACAGAAAGAAAAGGGGGUGGUGGACGCGAGUCUCAGCGUCUACGGCGUGACGGGCCUCAAGGUGGCAGAUCUAAGCAUCGCACCCCACAACGUCAGUGCUCACACUAACAACCUGGCGUUGUCUGUUGGUGAGAGGGCUGCCGAGAUCUUCAUCGAGGAGCUGGGAAGGAGGAUUUGAUCCUAGUUCGAAGGAUUCGGUUCCGCAGUCUACAGGGUUUAUCAGUGUGUGCAGGGGCAUGACAGGGGUUCGCCGGCUUACAGGGGUUUAGAGCAGUAGUUAUCUCACUCCUUUGUUGGACACGUUACACACUCCCUUGUUGCUCCGUAGAUGCGUAGAUGUAUUCUUGCCGU